CACUCGUAUUCAGAUGUUAAAAGGAACGACUCAGAAGCUCUUUCGUGGUGCCGGUUCUUCACUACUAUACAGCCUUCUUCUUCCAGAGAGUCCCCGUCAGCAAUUUUUCACUUGUCACAUCUGAUCAAGAUACUAUGGAGCAACAAUAUCUCAAGGGCAAGACUGCCAUCGUCACCGGCGCAGGAAAGCCAAACGGGAUUGGAGCUGCCUCUGCCAUUGCACUCGCAGAACAUGGUGCCAAUGUUUUGAUCCAUUACAACAACUCGGCCGGACCAGCAGAGGAAGUUGUUGCUAAAAUCAAGAGUCUUGGAGUCCAAUCUGUCGCAGUCAAAGCCGAUGCGUCGAGCGCCGAGUUUGGAACCACGCUGGUCAACGCCGCUUUGAAGGCUUUCAACACAAAAACUGUCGACAUCAUCGUCAACAAUGCUGGGUUCGCCACGCCCAACAUCCAAGGCAUCGCCUCUGUGGGCUUUGACGAGUGGGACCGGGUGUUCCGUAUCAAUGUGCGAGGCCCAUUUGUCCUGAUCCAAGCAGCGCUGCCGUACAUGGCGACCGGGGGGCGCAUCAUCAACAUCGGAAGCAUCAUUUCGCGUCUUGGUUCAUGGAUGUUGCCCGUCUACUGUGCGUCCAAAGGUGCUCUGACCUCCAUGACAGUGGCGAUUUCAGAAGAGCUCGGUCCCAAAGGUAUCACCGCCAAUGUGGUGUCUCCAGGCCCCAUUGCCACUGAUCUGUCCAUGGAGGGUUCGCCAAUUGGAGCGAGAUUGAGGAACAACCAGCACAUCAAGAGGGAGGGCACGCCGAAGGAAGUCGCUGAGACGGUGCUGUUCAUGGCGAGCCCGGGGGCGUCGUAUAUCACGGGUCAGGUUAUCCAUGUGGACGGAGGGAUUGCUUUCCCAUAAAGACAAUCGGACUCCCGGAAUGCCCCGUGAUGGAGACAUCAAAAGGCGAAAGAUGAGGACAUCCGUAGAUAUCCUUGAUGCCCGGACACUUCCUGGUGGCCGAGGCAAAGGACGAAGGACUGAUUAGGAC